UACCUCCUCCCUUUAUACUCGCCGCAAUAUGACAAGAGAACAUCCUCCUCACUAUGACAGUUUAGAAAGGCGCCUGCGUCUUGGCAGAACAACCUGUCUCCUGCAUAAUAAAAACAUCCGUACUCCUAACCGUAUUCUUGGAGGCUGUCCAGUGGUGUAUUGAACCUGAAGCGGAAUAAAUAAUAAGGGACAAUGGCAUUGAGCGACUGCCCCAGUUCAAAUAUGGGUGGAAUUUCACGACAGAACUCCAGUGCAGCUGUUUCCACUGAAUUCGACUUUUUGGUUGGAAUGAAUUUCCAGUUUGUGGAGAAGCUGGAAGAACAGUACAUAUGUCCCAGUUGUCGUCGAGUCGUCCUCAAUCCUCACCAGACGGGCUGCGGACACAUAUUUUGCUACCAGUGCAUUACAACUUUUUUGGAAUGCAAUUCUGCUCCAACAUGUCCUAUUGAUAAUGUGCUGAUAAAAUCAAAUGAGGUUUUUCAGGACAAUUGUUGUAAAAGAGAAGUGUUAAACUUAGAAAUAUACUGCACAAAUUCUCCUAACUGCAGUUCAAAGGUGACUUUAUGCCGAUUAAAGGACCAUCUUGAACAGUGCCAGUAUGAAUCCUUGCAGUGCACACACGCAGGAUGCACUGACAGGAUGUUCAGAAAGGAUUUAAAGGAGCACUUGAAGAAUAUCUGUAAAUAUAGAGUGGAACCUUGUCCACACUGUCAAACACAUCUAGUGUUAAUUCAUUUGAAGGACCAUGAAGAAACCCAGUGUCCAGAAUAUUCAAUACCCUGCCCCCAUGUAUGCACCCAGGUUAUGAAAAGACAUGCGCUCAAAGAACACUUCCAUGAAUGCCCAGAAGUUCCAGUAGAAUGCAUGUACAAGAAGUAUGGCUGCUCUCUUAGGGAUAAACGAGUUAAAGUUCGGGCUCACGAGGACAUGGCUUUGAAGGACCACCUGCUCCUUGUUUUAGAAAGUAACUCUAAACUGGAAAAACAGAUAGCUGAUCUACAAAAGACAUUACAUUUAAAGCACCAGGAAAUCCAAGAAUUAACAAAAGUUGUUAACAAACUGGAGAAAGAAAUCAAACCUUUAAUGCAGCAGGUCACUAAAACUGACAACAUGCUCUCUAAUGUUCAGAAAUCACUUGAAGAUCAGAAGGACAGAGUGUCCAUUAUUCAGAUACAGCUGCAGCAGUUAACCAGUGCAUUCAAUCAGGAUCCAAGCCGGUCAGAGCUGGGGCUGCUAAAACGUUCUGUGGAGAGCUUGAAGCAGCAGGUCUCAGUCAUCGAAUCACUGAAAGAUCGUUUAACUUCCUUGGAAGGCCAGUACACUCGUCACUCUGGACUAUUAAACAUUCAUGUUGAGCAGCUCAGUUUAAACGAGGAAAGAUUCCGUCAAUUGGAAGCCAUGUCCUACAACGGGAAACUCAUCUGGAAGAUCCAAGAUUAUAAGAAGAAGAAGAAGGAAGCUGUGGAAGGGCGCGUUCCAUCGAUUUUCAGCCAGGCAUUUUACACAAGCCGCAGUGGCUACAGGCUGUGUGCGAGGGCGUACCUGAAUGGAGAUGGCACUGGUAAAAGGACUCACCUGUCCCUUUAUGUUGUGAUGAUGAGGGGCGAAUUCGACUCACUCCUGCCUUGGCCUUUCGAGCAGUCAGUGACACUGAUGAUUCUAGAUCAGAGCGGGGCCAAAAAUGAUAUUGUGGAUGUCUUCAGACCUGACCUGAACAGCAACAGUUUCAAGAGGCCAGUCAAUGAAAUGAAUCUGGCUUUUGGCUUCCCUUGCUUUGUCACCCAUACUGCGCUGGAGGCUCCAAAAAAUGGAAUUUACGUAAAAGACGAAACUUUGUUUGUUAAAGUUAAGGUGGACUUAACUGGACUGGAGGAGCUAUAGUAGUAACAAUGAAAUAUUU